UUACACAACACACCCACGAAAAAAAUGGCGGAACUGGAGAACCCAGAGGUGAUGGAGAAGCUAAUAGCUUUCCUGUCGUCGAUGCUGGAAGGAGUGGCGGAGGAGAACGAUCGGAGCCGUCCGGUCGAGCAGAAGACGACGUCAGCAUUCGACGGGAUCGCUCGGCCCGCGAUCUCAAUCCGCGGAUACUUGAACAGAAUCUUCAAGUACUCGAAGUGCAGCCCUUCUUGCGUGGUCGUGGCUUACGUAUAUAUAGACCGAUUCGCUCAGCUUCACCCUUCUGUCCCCAUCACUUCUUUCAACGUUCACCGUCUCCUCAUCACCAGCUUCAUGGUCUCCGCCAAGUUUUUCGACGACAUAUACUACAGUAAUGCGUACUACGCUAAAAUCGGAGGGAUCACCACGGCUGAGAUUAACACACUGGAGCUGGAUUUCUUAUUCGGGUUAAGGUUCCGCUUAAACUUGAAGCCAAACACGUUCCAUGCCUACCUGUCGUACCUGCACAAGGAGAUGAUGCUUCUUCAGGCGGCCCCCAUCGCCGUCGGACGACCUCUCAUUGCUCCCAACGAUGGUGAAUCUUCUCACCAGACACAGCAGCUCGCUGUUUGACUUCACCAAUAUAUAUAUGUGUGCGGUACGUAUAUAUAUAUAUAUAUAUAUAUAUAUGCGUAGACGUGGAUUUGGUUCAGUCAAUGUUGGUUUUUGUAUUUAGUACACAUGGGACUCUUUUGUCAUGUCACAUCAUAUAUUAUCUUAUGUAAUAAAUUGGAUGCUAUACAUUAGAUGUCGUCCAAUUCCUCCUUUCUUUUCCUUCUCUUUU